GACCUUCCUGCUCGUAUGACGACACAUCAACACAAUAACAUUUGACGUUGGUGUUGUGGACUUUGCUUCAGAAUAACACUAUUGGAAAUGAGAGAAUAAAACGACCUAAAGAUGAAUACGGCUCUGAGACACUGGAAGGAGGCCGCGACGGUCAUACUAGCUGCUGGUACGAGGCAUAAACUCCCUGUAGAUAGUUUGACAAGAUGUGUCGAUAAAGGCACCUCUGCACCUGCGAUCAGUGAGCACUCCAACUUGCCCGACAGGUUAGCCUUCGACUAUGAAGUGUUGUUGUUGAAACGAAGCGGUACGAGUGGUUUCAUGCCGAAUGCUUAUGUCUUUCCCGGCGGUCUGGUGGAUCCGUCAGAUUUCUCAAGUGAAUGGCUUGAUCUUUUUCAAUCUUUUCGGCGCUCACCGAAUUUUGGACUGGGAUUUGUGAAACAGCCGCCGGAGACGAGACCUCCCAUCUUCGCCACCGACAGGAAGAAACUGGGUUCUCUCGUUCCAGGUGACGUCGCAUUUAGAAUCUGUGCAGUGAGGGAAACGUUCGAGGAGUCCGGUGUACUUCUAGUCGUGCCAAAAGAGGAAGAGAGUACUUUAUUUAACAGCAUCGAGAACAACCGAUACAGUCAAUCCGAAUUAACCAGAAUAACUGAUCUCUGUGACAAGAGUGAAUUGGCUAAAUGGAGAGUGCUGGUAAACGAGAACCCUUCUAACUUCAUCAGAAUGUGUAGGGAGCUGGAGUGUCUACCUAACAUCUGGGCUCUGCAUGAGUGGGGCAACUGGCUGACCCCUACUGGUGUGUACGGGAAACAGAGGAGGUACGACACGGCCUUCUACAUGUGCUGCUUGCAAGAAACACCACCUCACACCCUACAAGACCAGAAGGAAAUUGUGCACUUUAAGUGGUCCACUCCCCCAGAGAUCCUCCACAGUUACCAGGCCAGAGAGAUGUGGAUAGCCCCUCCACAGUUCUAUGAUCUCAGCCGUAUGUGCCGGUUCCCCUCCCUGCAGAACCUCCACAGCUUCUCCAGACAGAGAGCUUCAGAGGGCUGUGAACAGUGGCUCCCUGUCCGCAUGGUGUCAGACAGCUACUACAUAUCACUCCUCCCAGGUGACGAGAUGUACCCAGAGGAGGUGUCGUGCCAGAUGGAUGUGACCCUGAACACAGACCAGAGCCUUAAUGAGCUUCAUCAGGGCUGUUCAGCACUGCACCGUAUCGUAGCCUUGGACCCCUACACCGCUGCUGCUGUCGUCACCAUCACACCCAGAUACAACCACCUGCUGCCCUUCACACGGUCCAGCCUGAGAACCGGCACCAGCAGUCAGCUCUGAGAGACGGGUUGACACUCAAAUGGCACCCAAUUACCUUUCAGCAGAGAUACACAAACUACUGGUCAAAAGUAGUGCACUAUAUAGGGAAUAGGGUCCUAUAGGGCUCUGGUCUAAAGUAGUGCACUAUAUAGUGAAUAGGGUCCUAUAGGGCUCUGGUCUAAA